AUGAAAACAAACCACGGCUGCCUCUGCAUCCAGGUACUUGGUGGGUUGCUGCAGAAGCCCUGAUGGUGCAGGGUGGCACGAAUUCAAGCAAACCUGACCUAGUUUUUAAGGGAAGACAGAGUGCAACUUUGGGGAUCUUUGUAUACAGUUGAAAAUGAAGAAGUUGGUUUGGCAUUGAAGGACCUUGCUAAGGACUCUGACAAGCUAGUAGGUUGCAAAAGUAAAGCAGGAAAGAUAAUAGAAGAAGUAUGUUAAAAAGCAAUUGAGCAUGAAACAGGAAAUGAAAAUUAUAAGACAAUAGGAAUUGCCACAGUUGAGUAUUCACCUUCAAGACUAAGAAAAGGUAAAAAAAACAAAACAAAAAAACCCUUGUUGGAGGACUGGUUGUAUAUUAAAAGCAGAGAACUGAAGUCUAACAGAGCUGAAACCUUUGGCUUUCAAUAAAACUAUAUCAAAAUUGUCAUAAAUGAGAAAGAACUUCAAUUAGGAGAAACACUUAAAGAACGAAUAGUACACAAUGUAAAAACUAUAGUGAUCUAACUAAAGCAGUCUGAAGAGGAUGUGAGUAAACUUCAGGUUGGAGAAGAAGAGGAAAAUAAAGCCAAAAUAAAAGAAAGAAGAAUUUGGAGGAUUUAUAGACUAUGAAGAUUAUCAGAGAGGGUUGAAUAGGUGGUAAAUCCAGAAACAACUGCAACUAACCAGACAGGCAGAGCAACCAGAAUUCCUCCAUCAGAAAGAAAAGCCCUUAUUUUACCUAUGGGAUAUCAUCAAUAGGGCAGAGCUUUCCUGAAAAGAAAAUAAUAUGGAGUAGUCUUGCUGUGUCUGUUGGACACUGACACAUUUUCUGAGUGUUGCAGAGAACUGAAUAACUAUGCAGUGCUCCAGCUGGAUACAGCAUGGAGCUACUUCUACUUGGAACAACUGGGAUGCUUUGAAAUUGCAGGAAAAAAAAAAAUAAAGUUAUCCUAGAACUCCUUUAAAAUUGCUGUGAUGAAAAACUAUCAGAGACUGAACCAUAAAGGAAAUUGUGGGAAAGAGAAGGUACUGUUUUUAACUUACUUGCUUCUGGGUGUCUGAAAUUAUCAUGAUGGAAAUGGUGAAGAACUUUGUGAGUAUCUCAAUAGGGCACAUCAACACUUUAAACAGUCCUGUAUUGAUCUGUCACAAGUUCACAAUUUGUUGCAGUUGGGAGUUACUGCUGAGGAAGCCUGGCUUGGACUGGCAUGUGACAAGCACAUGGAUCGGGUAGCCACCCACACUAGCAACCAAAGAGAGGACUUGGCCCAAAUAAGAAAAGAGGACAAAGAAGAAAAGACGUUAACUGGAGAAAACUCUUUGAAAGGAAUGGGCUACUCUACUACUGUAGCCAAGAUGGCUCUCUAUCAGGCCCUGAGGAUUGCUCUCAGCAAUCACCAGGUGUGUUGGUUAAAUGAUUCAGAUCCUGAUACCAACAACCGUCAAGAAAGCCCUCUGUAA